AUGGAGUCAGCAAGGUCUAAAAUCUGCAUUGCUACUUCACCAAAGCGACAUUCACAUCGCCUCUUAUUUGAUCGCCGUUACGGAUGGGUAUUUGAUGAAUGGAAAGACCCAUCAGAGGAAGCUUUAUCCGGAGGCCGAGGAAUCAAAGAGAACUUGCACAAUAGUAGUAAAAAGCUCAAGAAAGGUACCCUGUAUUUUCACCUGAAACACUUGAGGAAAAAUGUUCGCCUGCUCUUAGUAUACUGCUUGAAAGCUACAGAAAAUGGGAAAUCAAGGAUAGCUGCAGUACAAAGGGAAGACAUUGACCAUGCAGCAAACUUUGCUGUCAAAGUUUUUGAUAGUCCAGAUCUUCUCUCCCCUGAAGCACUGCAGACCAGCCUCAGCAAUGAGGGUCGUGCAGGUGGAUUGUUGGUCGAUGUUGAAGGAAGAAGUAGCACUCGAAGCCGCCACCAGGAAGAUCCAAAUAUGCUAAAAGGUGAUGAUAAUGAUGAAAAGAUUAAAGGUGAUGGUGGUGAAUUGGAAGAGGGAUUGGAAGGAGACUCCGCAUUUAAAGGUACUCUUUUAGCUGGAGUCUUGUUGGUUGGUGUUGUUGGUGGGUUUGGUGCUGUUGGGUAUAUCUAUAAGGACCAGAUCAAUGCUUUCUUGAACCAGUUUUCUGGCUUUAUUGAAGCAGGUCUUCUUUUUGGCUCUCUUAUUGGCACCGUUAUUGUCUCCAUAAGUGGAACGGUUGCUGCAAGCAUCGCAUUUCUGAUAGCUAGAUAUUUUGCUCGUGAGCGCAUUCUAAAACUGGUUGAAGGAAAUAAAAAUUUCUUGCAAUUGACAAAGCAAUUGGGGAAAAUGGGUUCAAAUAUAUGGAAGGCUGGAAUGGCAUCAUGUUAUGUCUGGGUUUUUAUUCUUUGCCCUGAUGAUAGCUUGAUUCCAGUUCUGAAUGAUAUUCAUAUUGCCAAAGCAUACAUUUUUGCUGAUAUAAUAUACAUUUCUAGUUGGUUGGGGAUGAUUCCUGGAACAUGGGCUUAUGUGAGUGCUGGUGCAUUUGGCCGGGCAAUUAUUCAAGACGAAUCUGAGCUUGGAUUAGGUGGAGGUAAUGGUGGGCUUUGGACUCUUGGACUGGGAUUAUUGGCCACAGCUAUUGCUGCAACUUAUGUAACACAGCUUGCGAAGGAUGCUGUAAAAGAUAUUGAGUAG